UUUGCCAAAUAUGGUCUAUUUUAUAUGGUGGCAACACUAUCUUUUGGUCCGAUUCGGCAAUGAAUUGACAAGUUUACACUAGUUUACUAAACUUAACCGAGUUUCCUUAAUUACCGAUUGUAUUUACGGUUUUAGAAAUUAGUCUAACAUUAUAGUUGUUAUAAAAUGUCUAAUAUUAAUUUGCAAUGCCUGUUAGGAAUACAGUGCGAUGAUUUUGUCAUGAUAGCUGCUGAUCAAUCUAAUAGCCAUAGUAUUAUGGUUAUGAAAGAUGAUGAAGAAAAGAUCUAUAAAAUUUCGGACAGGUUGGUGAUGGGUGUGAUCGGUGAUUCUGGUGAUACCAAUCAAUUUGCAGAAUACAUUGCAAAGAAUAUUCAACUGUAUAAGAUGCGUAAUGGUUACGAACUGGGACCUACAGCUGCAGCUAAUUUUACUCGUCGAAACCUAGCUGAAUACUUGAGAAGUAGUACGCCUUACUUUGUAAAUCUUCUUCUGGGUGGUUAUGAUAAAGAGAAUGGUCCUGAAUUAUAUUUCAUGGACUAUCUGGCAUCUAGUGUAAAAGUCCCUUUUGCUGCUCAUGGUUAUGGCGGAUAUCUUAGUUUGAGCAUCAUGGAUCGUUAUUAUAAAAAAGAUGCAACUGAAGAUGAAGCAUAUGUUAUAUUAAAACAGUGUGUUAAGGAAAUUCACAAGAGGCUGUUUAUCAGUCUGCCUAAUUUCCAAGUGACUGUAGUCACUAGAGAUGGAAUUAGAAUGCUGCCUGUCAUCAAUUCUGAAUCUGUGAAGUAAUGUUUAAAUGUAAGGAUAAAUAAAUAAUUCUUUAUAA